CGCUCGUUGUGGAAAGUUGUGCGGCUCGUCCGAAACUACGACGCUGUGUCAUUCAUUGCGCUUUCUUCGAUUAUAUGACGUGAAACGAAUAUUUUAAGCUCGCUGUGCCGUGAAGUGUUUGCAGUUUCGUGUUGCUACGGUGAUGUGCGGAUGAGAAAGGAUUUAGUAUAUCUUUACUGCGUAUAUGUGUAAGCAGGUGUGGGAGAAUGCGAUCUGUUCAGCGCUCAGUGUCAGAGCCAUUUUUUGAGUGACCUUCGCAUUGCUACCAUGCUGUUGUAAACCUGUAUUUUAUGCAAACUCCUUAUACGGAAAUGUGCGAUUGCCAUGGAAAGUUGUUCCUUAGCACUCUUGUUUACCUGAGAGAAUUGCUCGUUACGCUUCCCAACGCCGCGGUGAGCGAGCGGUGAAGAACCCUCGAUGCUACACGCCUCCACCAUACCACAUACCUCGCGCGUUUCAAGGUGUGCAACGCAACAUAUGUGGUAUGAUUUCUUGAGGUGAAAACGUCAGUCGCGUGGCAGAAUUUUCGCUUUGUAUCGGAGACAUUUCAUCGUCUGUGACUGACACUAGAGUGCCAAAGAUGGGUCGCCUGAAAGCUUGGCAGAACCUCAACCCGCUCUUCUCCGGGAAGUACAAGAAGCUCUUGGAAGAAUACGGAACCAAGGACUAUUCUAGACUGCUCCUGCAAGAGUCAUUACAGGACUACCUAUCCUACGCAUGUGGGCAGUGUGGACACAUCCAAAAACUACAGGCUGAGGAGCUCAACAGCAUCGUUGGCCACGCCUUCCGCCUCGCCUACGCCGCCCAUCUUCAGAAGUCGGGCGCCACUAUUAGAGAUGUGAUCCCUACCCACACCCACGGCAACACCCCUCCACUCCCACACACUUUAGCUCACCCCCAGAAUCACGGCCACAGCCACGGCCAUCCCCACCUCCACACCCCGUCACCUUCCGGCACCCCCACACAUACACACCAGAAGUCGUGUGAGCAUACCUGUCCUCCAUCGUUGUUGCAGGCCGCUGCAGCUUCUCGCGAGUCUAGUCCCAGCCCCAAGAUGAGAACGCCCGGAAGCCCCGCCUUAGCAUCCAGCCCCACACACAGCAGCAUCCAGAAGCCCUCGUCUCUGCCCGGUCUUCACAGUCACCCGGAGAAUGAUGCUCCACACUCUCCCGACAGUGAGAACAGCAACAGCCCGUCAGAACUGAACAGCUCGAAGAGACUAGCAGAUAAGCCUCCAUUAAUCAAGAAGCUAAGUGUUACCCUCGAGUCAACGUUAAACUUGGAGGAGGACCUUCAUCCCCUAGUCACAUCUUCUUCCUCCUCAUCUCCAUCGUGCCAGACCUCCUGUGUCACGACUGGCACUAGUUCUUCCUCCACAACGAGUACAGCUGUUGUUGGUUAUGUUAAUGAAAAGGUAGCAGACGCACCAGUUACAAGCGUCCAGUCUGCCAAUGGACAGGAGCAACAGGAUGUUGAUAACAAAUGCCGACUGGCUGACGAUGUGAAGCUGAAGCGCAUAUCUCAGAUCUCAGUCAGUUCCAGUGCCUCCUCCGGGGUGGUGGGCCUCGACGUCUCAACCUCGAGUACCCGGUCAGCCUCGCCACCGCCUCUGCCAGAGCGCUCCGACUCCCUCACGCCGCCCGAGGAACCGCACCUCAAGACAGCCGCUUGGUUCCAGGCAGGAAUUCCCAGGUAUGAAUUAGAAAUUGCCUUGGAAGUACUGAGUCAGGAACCAGUUGGAGCAUUCAUGGUUAGAGAGUCUACCAGUAAACCUGGUUGCUACGCAUUGAGUCUAAGAGUGCCUCGGGACUUCACUGUAUCUGGCAUUGCACACUAUUUGAUUGUGAAGACAAAUAAGGGAUAUAAAAUCAAGGGGUUCACAAAGGAGUUUAAUACUCUGACAGCUCUGAUCACCCAUCACUCUGUCAUGCCAGAGCUGUUACCAUGCCCUCUGUCGUUGAGCCGAUAUAAUCCAACUUUCACCUCUGAUGAUCAGAAUCGUAAUGAUUCCAAUGAUGAUGAUCCUGAUUACAACACAUUAUCUGACUUUAGAAAAAUGAUGGCAGAUUUGAAUGUCUAAAAGUCAUCAGUGAGAAGAGCUUAAGAGAUAUUUGAACUUAUAAGAGAGUAUAUAUAAAUUUAUAUAUAUCCUGUACAGAAAAAAAUGCUAAGGAAUUGCAUUGUAUAGUGUUUGAGUGGGAAUUAUUAUAUUAUAGCAAAAUAGCAAAAAUGGGAAAAUAUUUUUGUAAUUGACUACAGAAUAAACAGUACACCAAAAUUGUGAGAAUGAAAUUUUCAUUGUGUGUAUUGAAAUAUGAUAGUGAAAAAUGGAUGAAACAGGCUAAAUUUUCAGAGUUUCAGCUUUGCAGUUACUAAUUGCAGAGGAGUGAGACUGAGAACUCUACUAGAGAUUAAUUAAACCUAUUUAAUGUGGAAUAUAAUAAUAAGAAUGAUAAAAUCAAAUGUAUGUGAUGCAAUUAGUUAAGUGGUGCUUAAGUAGUACGUUGUAUACAGUAUAUUCAGAAAUAUAUAUAUGAAAUUUUUUCCACAUACCAAGGAGAAAAGUGGUUUCCCACAAAGCACACCUUUUCUAAUUGAGUCGCAGCGUUUGAAUGCAUGUUGGAAAUGACCAGUCCUGAGUUCACAUAUUUGAAAAACUUUUCAAGGUCAAGAACAGUGUCCUUAUGUAUUUUUGUCACAAAGUGAUGAACACUCUGUGUGAUGUUUCAGUGCCACUUUUGUAUGUUGAACUUAAACAGUACUACAGAAUAAACACAAGUUCUGGAAUACCAUGUAUAUUUUCAUGUAGUAUAGAUUAUUACCAAAAUUUUAAGAUCUUUGCAAUGAAACGGAGGAAAAGAUAAGAAUUAUCAGAGCUUGCAAUACAUCAUUUAUUUGAGGCUCAACAUAAAACCAUUCAUCUCAAAGUGCCAAGGAUUCAGAUAGCUGAUUUAUCAACUAAUUUGGAAUUCAAAACAUUUACUUUUCCUAAGAGAAGCUGUCAUUCAGUAAAUGAUAUUCAGACAUACCUCUUUUUUCAAACUUGUAAUUACUGUACAAUAUUUAUAAAUAAUAACUUGUUGGUUGUCUGGCUUUGUUCAAAGGAAGUCAUUGCUAUUGACAGUUAUUUUGAGCAAUCCUUCACAAUUCUGCUUCUAUGCAGAGAGUCUGUGGUAAGGAUCUCAUAAUGAUAUUAAUCUCUCUCUCAAGCUUGUAACAUGUGAUAUCUGAAAACAAGAAACGUAUUGCAAAAUUAUGGAAUCUUUUUCUUUCUGUGUCUCAUUGUAAGUCUACCACAAAAAUUAUCUAUUCUCCAAAAAAAAUGUGGGCAACUGUACACACUGAUACAUUUUCAUAAUUUAUAUACACAAAGGUAUAAAUUCUAGAUACUUUUCCAGCCUUUUUGUUUCAAUAAUGUAAUUACAAAAGGAAGUGUGAAUAAUACUGAAAGGAUAGAAAUAAAUUAUGUAACUGUUUUAGAGCCUUAUCCAUGUAGGUUUAUACCCACUUUAUGUGUAGAAGUCUGACAUUCUACUAUGGCUACAGUUUUAAGGUGUUGAGCCAAACAGAAUGUAGACUGUACAUGUUGAAUGGUUAUUUGCUUAUUAAUAGCACCUUCUUCCAAAGAGUGUAGAGUAAUCCCCCCGUUAAAGCUUUAUUGUGAUAUCAGCAAAAUACAGAAAUUAGUAUGUGUGUGUAGCACAUGAACCUGCUAUUGGACACCUUUUACUCCACUUAUUGGGGAGAAAUGAGCCAAUGGUUAUAUUUCAAGGAGAUAAUAGCCUCUUAAAAUCAUGUUUUAGAAUAUGGACUGCUAUUUCUUUUAUGCUAUGGAAGUCAUUUAAUGUGAUAUCUAUGUAUAUUUUAUACACUUGUAUCAGCUGAUACACCUUAAGUCGUUUCUUUUAUACUGAGACUGAGUAUAAUCUCUACAGGAUAUGCUGUAGUCAUAAAACUCAGUCCGGAUUUAGAGUUGUAAGUCAGGCAUAACCAAAAUAGGAAAACACAGUAGCUGACAUACCACAAUAAACUAAUGUUAAGAAAACAAUGACAACCACUGGAACUGCUUGAGAACUAUAACAAACUAAUGAAGACAAGAUAGCCAAGAAAUUGUUUCAUCUUGGGGAAAAAAAGAGUCACUUUCGAGAAACUGUCUCCAAUAGUUUGAGUCAUUUCGUUUUUGAACGUGUAACAUACUCCAUGUUUGUUUAUCUCAGCCCUACUGAAGGUUUGUUAAGAAUACAUGUGGUCUAUUAUCAAGUCACUGAAUACUUUGAGACCAAGCAUAUAUAGUUGAAGAGUAUAAUACAGUUUUGUACGCAUUUGUACUUCAGUUUAAUGUUAUAAAAUGUUGCAAUACUUUUCCCAUUACAGAUUAUUCCAAAAUUCAACUGUCUUUGAAAAUGAAUUAUAUUACUGAUUUUAUUUUGGCCCAUAUUGUCUCAGAGACCAAAUAUGUGUUCUUAAUUAAACUGAUUAUUAAAUUAUGUUGGUUUAUCUUUCUGGUUUUGUUUUUUUUGUUUUUAAGUGGAUGCACUAUCUCAUAGGUAUAUCUGCAAAACUUAGAAAAGGAUAGCACAUACUUCUCGCACUACAAGGAGAAUUAAAGAAAAAAGUCUGCCAAAUAGUAACAAUUACAUUUCAGUCUAUGUGCAGUGAUCAUUGUCUGCAGAUAUCUAGACAUUCAUCCUACCAUGUUUUAAUCACAAUCUUUUGGGAUAUAGUAAAUCCUCUUUCAUUCAUUCACUCAAGCAAAUCCCAGAAGACAUCUGCCAGUGAUUCCUAUGCAAUUACUAUUAUGCCAAGAGAUAGUGAUUUACUCCAUUUAAAUAUCACAUUUCUCCUACUUGCAUAAUCUUUAUUUUGAUUCUUUGCUUCACUAAUGUGUGCAACAUGUAUAUGUGUAAUAUAUACUAUAUAGAUCCUACUUACAUGCAGUAAUAUUCUACCAUCAAAAGUAUGUUAAUAAAAGUGAAUAUUUAA